AUGACAACGUUGAAUGUCUUUGGGUCAUUCUUGAGGAAGGUUCAAGAGAGUAACUCUGAUGUUAGAGUUGACAAAGUACAGAUUGAUUUGUUCAUUCAAUCAGUCUGUACAUUAGAGACAACCUCUCCGGCUAGUAUAUCUUAUAACAUCUCAUUGGUCAAGUAUGAUUAUAUGUAUCCUUUAAUAUCACAGAUACUUGCUAAUCGACAAUGUGUAGAUCAAGAUGUGUUGUAUUGGAUAGGUCAGUUUGUUAUAAUAUUUGAGUCAUUUGAUGAUGAUGAGAUGAGCUUGGAGCGUACAGAGAAGUUGCUCAGUCAGGCCAUCGCCAAACCGGAUUGGUGUUACUUCCUCUUGGUUGAUCGUCAACAUCUAACAACAUUGGUGAAGAAUACAGAUGCAGAGCAUAUGGACCAUUUGUACAGAUUGUACAUCGACUUGCUUCGUCUGUACAACGACUGUCCCCAUUGUUAUGAGAACAUCGCUAUGGCCUUUGGUGAAGAGCGAGUGAGUCAAGAACUACAUCAAUGUCUACUGUCGACACCAACAUCGUCGCCAAAACUGCGAUAUGGAUGGCUCAAUGAUGCCACCCGGUCCAAGGCAAUGGCAAGAUUCCUAUCCUCGCACACUCAAGAGGUGUUUGAUUACCUUGACUCAACAUCAUUUGGGACACUGUUACGUAGCUACUCGAUUGAGCUUGAUGUGAUGAUCUUGGUGCUACAAGAUGAUAAGCUAAUGAGCAGUCAGAGGACCAUGGAAAGGCUUAGGAGGAUGGCGGACUUGGACACUAUUAACGCCACCACUGAUGGAAUGGACAAGUUGUCAUUAUUACUAAGUCCACUCCUCACACCAGACAACCUAUCAACCAUUAGCUUGGGUUUGGACACACUCAAGAGUGUUCGUAGCCUGAAUACCAUAAUCAAACUUAUGGGCAAGUCAUUCCCCGAGCAUUACCAGAUGUUUGUUGAGCACAUCAAACGUGGGAACUGGAGCAAGGACGACAAUCCCCUCAUUCUAUUGGAUGCCAUCACUCAGCACUACAAUCAAACAACAACUAUAUAUAUGCUCCAACCUCUUGCCUACACCAUAGGCGGACUCAUAUUGCUCGAUGGAAACAUUUUGAAGAAAUGGCCUACCACCAAAGACACGCCAACAAUCAUUCGAUCACUGAUCAGACUGAUGGAGAUAUGUAACGUUGACAACGACGACUAUACAAGUGACACACCACCUAGAAAUGAUCAUUUGUUCUAUUUGGCGAUGAUAUAUUUGAUUAGGAUGUAUGAUGAUAUGGACCAAAGUGAGGCGCUCUCUCAGGACCUGGUACAAAGAUAUCCGAUCAUGACCAAACGAUUUAUUGACAAACACUUUCGACCGUUUCUGGGAGAGAUUGGCCACAUCAAUGUCCACUUCCUUUCAACAUGCAAUGAACACUCACUGUUCGAUCAUGAUGAAGAGAGGACGCAUGAACUCUACAGGCUUGUCUUCAUGCGCUUCCCCGACUCAAAAAGAGUGCACAGACUCAUCAACUCAUACAUCAAGGCAUCAGACAUAUGGACGCAACACGUUGAUAACGUGAUGAAUGAGAGUAGGUCAAGCUCUGAUGAAUAUUCAAGAACGUACCAAGAGUUAAGGUCACAUAUAACCAAGGCCAACAUCUUAUUGUUUAGUGGACCCAUCAAGUACAUACAUCCAGCUUCAGUGUUGCACUUUCUCAAGUACUUGUACAACACAAAGUUGUAUGAACAGCCAGACCACUUCACAGCUUCAUCUUUGAUCGACUACAAGUCGAUCAAACAAUCUUUGUUCAACAAGUUCAGACACAAUGAUGAGGCAAAGUACCAAAGUCUUCGCCAACAGUUCAUCGAGAUGAAGAGUCGAUCAUUCGUGGACCGCCCACCACCACUUGUGGUCGACCCGACCUUGUGGCACACACUACCGCCACUCAUUGUGCGACACAUUGUCGACUUCCUUGUGAUGGAUGGCCGUAGUGAUCGGUCUACUCACUCGCGAUGGGUCCUAUCACUGUCGACCGUUUCCAAACAAUUACAUCGCGCAACAAUGAUGUCUAUCUCGAGCAACCCUGUGCCGUCCCUUGGCAUCAUCAGGACACUCAAUCACAUUGGAUCGACCUAUUGUCUAUUCCAGAAUGCUCCUCUUCAUCUGGAUAUCAACUACAUCCAGUAUAUACCCAUACAGUAUCUUGAUAACAUGUUGGAGUAUUUGGAAUCGUUGACGCUGCCCAUUGACGAUGAAUUCAUGUGUCAAUACGAUGACAAUCACUUUGAUUACAUUAAUGAUGGUGAUCGAAAACUAAUGUUCGUGGCCAUCAGCAAUCCCAUGCCGCGACUCAAACACAUAGAGUUUGUCGAGGAGUCUAAUCUAUUUUAUUAUGAUGUCAUUGGGAAUAUGAUGAAGGAUCCUACAUUGAGACCGUGGAUCAAGAUAGACCAUCUCUCGAGUCCAUUAAGUAUCGCACUAGUUCGAUAA